AUGAACUGCCAAAUAUGCACAGGAGCCAUGGACAUCUUUGCAACAUACACCUGUGGCCACCAGCUAUGCAUGACAUGCUCUGCAAGACUUGUGUUUCUAUAUAUGCAACCAAACUGUCCUUUGUGCAGAAGGCCUUCCAAGUCUGUUGUUUUUUCAUCACUCCUAACAACUGGAAAGUCUUCCAAACGGCCAUGGAAGGGCAGGAAGGUUCCGGUAGAUGUCUUCUACGAAGGAGACUAUGCGAGAGAGAAGAUGGAGGACCUUCUGUCCAACAAGUGCCAAAAGUGCUACGCCAAGCUUGGAACUUUGAUGGAGCUCAAGAAACACUACACACAGCAUGGACUUGUUCUUUGCUUUGAAUGCAUCAAAAACAGAAAGGACUUCUGGAAUGAAAUCAAACUCUAUAGAAGUGACACAAUCCGAGACCACAAGAAUGGAAGUCUUCGGGAAGAAGGAUUUGAAGGACAUGUGUUCUGCAUUCAUUGUAAAAUCUAUCUAUUUGAUUCCGACGACGCAAAGAGACACUGUAACCUCAAGCACGAGCUGUGCCAUGUUUGUGACAUGACAGGAACAAAAUAUCAGUACUAUAAUGGCUUUAAGGACUUGGAAACACACUACAAAAGUGCCCAUUACUGCUGCAGCUUCCAGACAUGCCAGACAAACAAGUGCUAUGUAUUUCCCUAUCAAACAGAGCUUUUCGAGCAUCUCACCAGGUUCCAUGGAGUGGAUAUCAGACUGCUGGAGAUUCCAAUGGCUGGGAAAUGCAAUGUUCCUGUGAUGAACCCGUUCAAGAGGAGACGGCAACUUCCCCAGGUGAGUGUGGUAGAUCCAAGUGGAAGAGAAGUCCGAUCUCAGCUCCCUCCAGGCCCCAAUGUAUCUCAAAGGAUGGAUACUUCCAAUACUGGGUCUGGGCUUCCUGGAUACUUGGAUAGAGCCAUUUUAGAGGAAGAAAGAAGAAAACAGCAGAGGCGUAGAAUGGCUAUAGACCGCAUAUGCAAGGGGGCUGCGGAUGAGGUAGAGGAAAUUGUAAACGGGUUUCUAGAGGGCUCCAUGGAUGUCAAGGAAGCAUUCAACAAAGUGUCGGGAACAGUUGGUGAUGCAUUAGCACUUAAACUAUUUGAGUCGGGGCACUUUGGGCCUAAACAGAGUGUGGUAGAGGGUAGCAUAAAGGCCUUGAGGAAGGAAGUCAUGUUUCCAAAGUUCACCUCGGAGGAGCCUACAAGAUAUAAAGAGCCCGAGAAGAAAAAGAACCCUGGAUUCAGAGUCAUAGAUCUACACCAAAGAAAGCAAUAA